AAAGUUUUUGUUUUUUUUAAACAUUGUAUUUUUUGUUUUGUAGGAAUCACUUAUUCCCAUCAGUCAUCGAGGGACAUGUCGAUUGCCUAAUUGGCAUCCUCGUCUCGAGCCCUAUCUAGAGAGGACGGGAUUGCAUAUGCUGAGGCAUUUCAUGCGGCUUGAUAUCGACAACGAUCUGCUUACGGCAAUGGCAGAGCGAUGGCGCCCCGAAGUGCAUACCUUCCACUUUCCCGAGGGGGAAAUGACGAUCACCCUCAGAGAUGUUGCCCUACUCACCGGGAUGCCGAUCACUGGAGAGGCCAUCAUCGGCAACUCAAGUAAACCUGAAGGUGGUUGGGGGUCGUUGAUUUUCGAGCGUUUGGGGUUCAACAUGCCAACCACAACACCCGUUCAAGGGGUUGGGCAUCCACCGCUAGAUGCUGGGCAAGUUUCAAUCCCGUGGCUUGUUGAACACAUCCAACAGGAAGUGGAUUUAGGGCCAGACACCCCCGAAGAUCAGGUGGAGCGAUAUGCACGCGUCUACCUCAUUGGAUUGGUUGGUGAAUUUCUGUUCCCCGACAAGGAAAACCGGUGGAUUCAAGGCAUGUGGUUGCCAUUGCUCCUCGGUGAUUGGGACGAGAUCGGGGGAAAGAGUUGGAGGUCGGUCGUAUUGGCUGGGAUCUACCGAGAGUUGUGCACUUGCUCGAGGUUGGGAGCGAAACAAGCUGGAGGUGCGAUGUUCAUACUCCAACUCUGGGCAUGGGAGCAUCUUCCAAUGUUCGCUCCCCGAGACCGGCGGGAGUUUUGGGGUCCAGAUGAGGAGCUACGCUUUCUAGCAAAUCCCCCCUAUGGUGUCAAGUAAGAUUAAUUUACAUGCUAAUUUUAUUCCAAGUAUGCAAUUUUAGCAUUUUAGUGAAUUUAGAGAAUUUAGUUAUUUUAGUGAAUUUAGAUACAAUCCAAGUAUGCAAUUUUAGUAUUUUAGUGAAUUUAGAGAAUUUAGUGAAUUUAGAUACAAUCCAAGUAUGCAAUUUUAGUAUUUUAGUGAAUUUAGAUUCUUUUAAAAUAUCUUAUAUAAGUACUUUUUCUUAAUAAGGUGGAUCGGAGCAA